AUGAGCUUACGAAACGCUUCAAAAUCCUACCAAAUAGGACGAAUCGCGUAUAGACAGAUUAUUGCCGGUCAGAGAAGUCGGGUUUUUCAUCCACAAAUUGCUACACAUUCACUGUACACAACAAACUUGAGGUAUGCAGCCACAGACAGAAGUAAAGUUGAAUACACAUUAAAAAUGUUACGAGAAGAUGUACAAAAGCAAGAUGAAGAUGCGCAGAAGGCAUUGAGUUUAAUGAAAUCCGACAAAGAAGUUGCAACUGUGAAAGUCCCACUCAAAGACAAAAUUAUGCACGAAUUGAAACAUUACUACCACGGAUUUCGAUUGUUAGCUCUUGAAACACGUGUCAGCGCCAAAUACUUGUGGAGAGUUCUUCGAGGAGCGACUUUAACGCGUCGUGAACGUCAACAACUUGUACGAACGGUUUCUGAUCUGUUUCGUCUUGUUCCCUUCUCGUUCUUUAUCAUCGUUCCAUUCAUGGAAUUGGCCCUGCCUAUCUUCGUUAAAUUAUUCCCCGGAAUGCUGCCAAGUACUUUCCAAGAGACAAGCAAAGAGGAAGAAAAAUGGCGGAAACAAGUGAAACUUCGUGUUGAAAUGGCGAAAUUUUUGCAAGAUACAAUUGAAGAAAUCGGACUUGAGAGAAAAACCCGUAAUAAGGAUUCUACUAGAUCGCUCGAGUUUGCUCAUUUCAUUAAAAGAGUACGAAAUGAAGGUGGAUAUGUAUCCAAUAAUGAACUACUGAAGUUCUCGAAGCUUUUCGAAGACGAGUUAACUCUCGACAAUCUCAGCAUGGGACAACUCCGUUCUCUUUGUCGUUUAAUGAGUAUUAAUUCGUUGGGAUCUCCAGAAAUUCUUAGAUUCCAACUAAACAUGAAGAUUCGUGAAUUGAAAGCAGAUGACAAACAGAUUGCUGCAGAAGGUGGUGUGGAUACUCUCAGUUCGCUCGAUUUGCAGUCAGCUUGUCGUGCACGUGGAAUGAGAGCUAUCGGAGUAAGCGAAGAACGACUGAAAGAGCAGUUGGUGUCGUGGUUAGAGCUUUCGCUGAACGACAAAGUACCGCCAGCAUUGCUUCUUCUUUCAAGAACCCUUUACCUCCCAGAGGAAGUUUCAUUCCCCGACCGUCUCAAAGCUAUCGUUCAAAACUUGCCAGACGGUCUCGCCGAGACCACUGUACAAAAACUCACAGAAAUGGAAGGAGGGCAGAUUGAUCACAAGGCUCGUAUCGAGUUGAUCAAAUCUAUCGAACAAGCUAUUGCUAAUGAGAAGAAAGACGAAGAUAAGAAGAAGAAGGCCGCGGAAGAGGCCUUGAAAUCGAAAGAAGAAGCAAAAAAAGAGAAGGAACUGGAAAAAGAGAAGUUGGUGGAUGUUGCUGCGGAAGCUAUUGUGAACGAGUUGAAGGAGGAUAUUGCAACUGCAGUGGCUUCUUCGUCGAGUGUUGAAACGAAAGAAUCACAAGCAAAAGCAGCCGAAACUAAAGAAACAAAGAAAGAAGAUAUUCACGUUGAUAAGAAAGAUCUUUCACAUAUCGAAGAAAUCAUUGUCGGUGGUCCAAUCAAAGAAGCUAAACAUGAUAUCCUUGGAUUGCGUGAGAAGGUGCUGGAACACAAGGAGGACCUGAUGGAAAUCAAUUCAUUAGAUGGGGCAUUUGCUGAAACAAAAAUUGCAAAGCGUUUGCGUCACAAGUUGAAUUCCAUGAUCGAAGAUGUCGACUCGAUGGUUGACAAAUUGGAAGACGAAAAGAGGAACAUCCGUGAGAUGCUCAUCGAUCCUGCUAUGGAGAAUAGUGCAGACUCUAAGAAAGAACGUGAAGUUCGUAUCCAAGAUGUUAUCGAUUCACUCGCCAAGCUGAAGGAAAGUAAGGGAGAACAACCUGAUGACGUUCAGCAACGAGAAAGAAUCGAGUCACUUCUAAAGGCUAUUGAUGAGGAUGCUGAUGGAAUUGUUGACAAGCAGUUAGUUUUGGAAGUUAUUGAAUUGCUAGAAAAGCAUACGGACGUCCACGUAUCUGCUGCUCAGAUGGCUUCUAUGAUUGGCACUCUGAAAAAAGAAGAUGAAGUUGCUGGAUUGACAGAGGAAAUCAGAAAAGUUCAAUCUGGAAACUAUCAAAUGCCUAUUCUACCUACAGGACCUUCCUCUGCGGAUGCGUUCAAUCAGCCACAAGGAGUUUCGACGGCUUCGUCCAAAACACCCGAUAACAACGAAGGAGAAGAAGUGAAAAGGAAGCAGCAGGUAGAAAAUGGAACAGUUGAUAUUCCUGAUGUCGAUACAAAGGUGACCACCACUCUGCAACAGACUUCUAAAUCGACAACGAAAAAUACUUCUGAUCCUAAAUCUGGUUGA